AUGUGCGGACUGGCUGUAAUAGACGGAGGUUUCUUGGCGUCACUUGGUAUUCGUGAUAUAGCUCAUAUCAUUACUAUUGACAAUGGUUCUAAUAUUAACAAAGAUCAUAAUAUUCUUGACGACCCUGUUCUUCAAUUGGUGGUAGAUGAAAUUUUAUCAAUAAUAAAACUUUUAGAUGUUCCUACUUGGUGGGACUCUAUCUACCUUGCUUGGAUGAGAUUUAUAAAAAUUAAAGAAUUUAUUUUGUUGCUAGCAAGUUUUAUGGAAUUUGAAUAUGAUACUAAUGGAAACUUUUGA